UCCCAUCCUGUCACCACCAUAUAAAGGCCACCAACACCUAGCAGAAUCCCAGGAGACCGUGCAGAGGAGCAAGGAUUUACGAACAUCCUCCUCCAAACCUGUGUCAAGACAAGAUGCUUCAGCUUUGGAAACUUGUUCUCUUAUGCGGCCUGCUCACUGGGACCUCCGCGUCUCUCCUUGGAAAUCUUGGCGACGACCUGAAUAAUGUUGUGGACAAACUGAAACCUGUUGUUGAGAAAGGACUUGAGACCGUUGACAAUACACUUGAAUCUGUUCUUCAAAAACUGAAGGCUGACUGGAAGAUAAUUCAGAAAUCCAAGGCUUGGCAUCUGGCUGAGGAAAAGGUGCAGGAAGUGAAGAACUUGGUGAAUGAUGCUCUUUCUAAGAUUGUUCCAGCUAAGGAUGACACUUUGGGAUUGAACAUCAUUAACUCCCGCAUCCUGAAAAUCAAAGCUGAACUGACUCUUGAUGGUGAAGGCCUUAACAUAAGGAUCCCCGUUGUUGCCAAUGUCACCCUGGCCCUGCCUCUCAUUGACCGGGUGGUCAACCUGAAGGUCUCUUUGGACCUCGUGACUAGCGUCAGACUUGCAACUAAUGCCCAGACUGGUGCCGUCACAGUGAUCGUGGGAAAAUGCAGCAGUGAUGAGGACAGCAUCUCACUCACCGUGCUGGACAGCCACAAUGGUCUGAUCGAGAAGGCCGCGAACACCGUGAGCAGCUUCCUGACAAAGACCCUGUCCCGCCUGAUAGAGAAGGAUGUGUGCCCACUGAUCCAUACCUUACUCUCCAACCUGGAUGGGCAUAUUAUUCAGGACAUCAUUGGCAAGGCUGAGGUUGCUAGGGAUGCUGGAGCAAUGGAAGUGGAGUAAAUGAAGGUGUCAGGGUCCUGGAGGCGGCCCUUCUAUGGAAAGAGCCACAGAUAAAUUUCAGAAGGAAGACCACGUGCCUAAUGCUGCCUGAAGAGAGAGAUGAGGAGGACUGCUGGUGAGGCCCACCUGAAGAUCGGUUCCAGUGGCUCAAUGGUGUCCCUUAUAGCAUUUCCAUCCGGGCAGAUGCAGCCACCUUCCAACCAGAGUGACAGCCUGAGCGCAGCCAGAAGCCCUCCCAGAUACUCCUCCUCACAGUAGGAACGGCUCACCACCCUCCAUCCCCUACAAUAAAAAACCAUUUCUGCA